AUGAGCGGCAUAGGCAGUAUGUCCUCAACCUUCUCCACCAACACGCGCGUUACACUCUUUUUUACGGAAUGGACCACAACCACACCAGCAACAUACAUCCUAACCGUCUUCUUCCUCUUCUUCCUCGGUCUGCUAAACCGGUUUCUGGGCGCGUUAAAAACCCAGCUUGAACGGCGGUGGAAAGAACAACAGAGUACUCACCUACAUCAAGAGGGGUUGACUUUGACUGAAGAAGAUGCAGGCGGUGUGAAACGCCGGUUAGAAGAUAUACAUGGGCAUGUCCGAAAGUGGAGUCAAGCACUACGACCGCUGAAUCUUCGCCUCGAAGACAAAGACGAGGAGAGCGAGCCGUUGAGCCCAACACCUCUUGGGAGAAUACCCAAGGGAGAUUCCUGCGCUACGGAGGAUACGGUUGUGCAAACUAAUUUGAGUCUACCGGGCGGAGGAAGAAAGGGGCUCUGGAUUCCAAGUGCAGCGUGGAGUUUUAAAAGGGAUGGAGUAAGAGCAUUGUUGGAGUUUAUUCGGGCGCUGAUUGGGUAUAUUCUGAUGCUUGCGGUUAUGACGUACAACGUGGGGUUUCUCUUCGCGGUCACGGGAAGCGUGCUUUUGGGAGAAAUGGUGUUCGGACGGUAUACGCAGAGCGGGAGUGGAUGGCAGGAAGGCGGUUGCCACGAAUAA